AAAUGUAUAAAUUCGUGUUGAAAUAUUGGCCCUUCUGAUAAGUUCGCUAGGAAAAGCACCGUACAUCAAACCGAAGCCUACAAUAAGUAAGAUUUCGCAAUGUGAAGCAAAGAUCCUGUUACAUACGUGAAACGGAUCUGUCCCAUUUGAGGACGUUUUUGUGACAAUCCAUUAGCGCUGAUCUGCUUCUCUAAUAGUUUAAUUAAAUUAACAGCCAAUACCUUGAAAUAUAACAAUAUUUCACCCCCCAUGAAAACGUACUAAUUCAAUGGAUCAACGCGAAAAUAUAUAAAUACAGAUGCAACUUUGUCAACCACUCAAAGUACUGUGUUGAGUGUUCACUGGUAAUUAAGCAAUAGAACUUGAAGAGGAACAAUGGUUGGAGCUUUGAUUUUCAUCUGCUUUGUCUUCCUCGCUAAAUUCCAAUCAACGGCUGCAACCCCAAUAAAAAUCGUGCAAACUGCAGGAGGAGAAGUUUACCAAAUUCGCCCUCUUGGCCCACGGGUCUUAAAACUGACACGAAGAGAUGUUUUGGUGGACAGUCCAGAAGCAGAAGAAACCACGGAAAAUGGCCUCCAAGUGACCAGAUGGCCAGGAAAUGACGAAACCGUCUACCAAAAUAAAAAAGAACUAUUGGUGCCGGCUUCUUCAGAAGCAGACACGAUGGCUGUUUUGUUGCGAAGAAAUCGCAGAGCUUAUGAAGAUCGACAAUUUUAUCAUCGCAGACACGACUUUGAUGACGACUUUGACUAUGCAGGUUACGACAGAAGAAAUGCCUUGGUCGGCUACAUGAAUGAUCAUGAUGAUUUUCCCACCGUAGUUUGGUAGGAAAAUUAAGCAACUUUGAACUUUAUUCAAAAAUAAUUCUGUGAUCACAUUAUGCGCUUAUCAAUUAUACAUAUUUACUCGAA